GCAAUAAAGUAAAAGACCCUAUUCCUAAAAUAGGCAAUAAAGUAAAAGACCCUAUUCCUAAAAUAGGCAAUAAAGUAAAAGACCCUAUUCCUAAAAUAGGCAAUAAAGUAAAAGACCCUAUUCCUAAAAUAGGCAAUAAAGUAAAAGACCCUAUUCCUAAAAUAGGCAAUAAAGUAAAAGACCCUAUUCCUAAAAUAGGCAAUAAAGUAAAAGACCCUAUUCCUAAAAUAGGCAAUAAAGUAAAGGACACUAUUCCUAAAAUAGGCAAUAAAGUAAAAGACCCUAUUCCUAAAAUAGGCAAUAAAGUAAAAGACCCUAUUCCUAAAAUAGGCAAUAAAGUAAAAGACCCUAUUCCUAAAAUAGGCAAUAAAGUAAAAGACCCUAUUCCUAAAAUAGGCAAUAAAGUAAAAGACCCUAUUCCUAAAAUAGGCAAUAAA